UUAUAGAGGAGGACACUCCUACAGAGAUCAGCACAGGACACGCCAUGGAGAAACCCUCGAAGAAUCGUCUCGUUUUAUCUCCAGGUUGUAAAAUGGAAGAGGAGGAGAUCACAGGAGGUUGUGGAGUAGAAAAGGCAAUGAGCUCCUCUAUGGAUGAAGGACUUCACAGUGCGGAGAGACCAUGGAAUCCCUCUGAGGAACCUCGUACUGUGAGAGGUGGUGGUGGUGGAGUUCAGGGGGAGGAGCCAUUACCCUGUCCUGAAUGUGGGGAAAGUUUUACCUCUGAAUCAGCUCUUACCACACAUCAGAGAUCUCACACCGGGGAGGAGCCAUUUCCCUGUCCUGAAUGUGGGGAAAGUUUUAGCUCUGAAUCAGCUCUUACCACACAUCAGAGAUCUCACACCGGGGAGGAGCCAUUUCCCUGUCCUGAAUGUGGGGAAAGUUUUGCCUCUGAAUCAGCUCUUACCACACAUCAGAGAUCUCACACCGGGGAGGAGCCAUUUCCCUGUCCUGAAUGUGGGGAAAGUAUUACCUCUGAAUCAGCUCUUACCACACAUCAGAGAUCUCACACCGGGGAGGAGCCAUUUCCCUGUCCUGAAUGUGGGGAAAGUAUUACCUCUGAAUCAGCUCUUACCACACAUCAGAGAUCUCACACCGGGGAGGAGCCAUUUCCCUGUCCUGAAUGUGGGGAAAGUUUUACCUCUGAACAAAAUCUUACCGUACAUCAGAGAUCUCACUUGGGGGAGGAGCCUCAUUCCUGUCCUAUGUGCGGGGAAUGUUUCCUACAUAAAUAUCAUCUUAUUGUACAUCAGAGAACUCACACGGGGGAGAAGCUUCAUUCCUGUUCCGAGUGCAGGAAAUGUUUCGUAAGUAAAACAGACCUUAUUGUGCAUCUGAGGUCUCACACGGGGGAGAAGCCGUAUUCCUGCCCCGAGUGCGGCAAACGUUUUUCAAAGGGGUGCAACCUCAUCAGACACCGGAUGUUGCACACGGGGGAAAAGCCGUAUGCCUGCACAGAGUGCGGGAAAUGUUACGCGCAGAAAAUAGGACUUGUCAUACAUCAGAGGUCUCACACGGGGAAGAAGCCUCAUUCCUGUCCUGAGUGCGGGAAAUGUUUCGGGAGUAAAUCUGAACUUGUCACGCACCAAAUGUCUCACACAGGGGAGAAACCGUUUUCUUGCUCGGAGUGCGGGAAAUGUUUUCUACGUAAAACCGAGCUCACUGUACAUCAGAGGUCUCACACGGGGGAGAAACCGUAUUCCUGCCCCGAGUGCGGGAAACGUUUUUCAAAAGCAUGCAACCUUUCCAGACACCAGAGAAUACACACAGGGGAGAAGCCGUAUUCCUGCGCUGAGUGCGGGAAAUGUUAUGCCCAGAAAUCAGAACUUGUUAUGCAUCAAAGGUCCCACUCGGGGGAGAGGCCGUAUUCCUGCGCUGAGUGCGGGAAAAGUUUUUAUAUGAAGUGCCACCUAUACAGUCAUCAGAGAUUGCACACGGAUGUGAAGCCAUACCCCUGCCCCGAGUGCGGAGAAUGUUUUAAGCGCAACUCGCAACUUGUUGUCCAUCGAAGAUCCCACACGGGAGAGAGGCCGUUCUCCUGCGCCGAGUGCGGGAAAUGUUUUACACGGAGCGGGGACCUUGUUACUCAUCGAAGAAUCCACACGGGGGAGAGGCCGUAUUCCUGCCUUGAGUGCGGGAAAUGUUUUUUAGCGAAGACCCAUCUCAACAGACAUCAGAUGAAGCACACGGGGGAGAAGCCGCAUUGCUGUCCUGAGUGCGGGAAAUGUUUCUCAAGAAAGUUUUGCCUUACCCAGCAUCAGAAAACCCACCAGGUGCGGGAAAUGUCGUCUUCGAUAUGAAUCAGAUUUUGCGUACACAUCAUGGAGCUCACGCCCAGAAAACGCGCGGCUGAGCGCUCCUCUGAUCUUCGUCAUGGGGAAAAAAAACUUCAGAGAUCACCAAAGACGUCAAAGAGUGACUCUUCCAGGAGAGGAGAUGGAUGAGAACGCCACAAGUCUUCUAAAAAGUCUUUGUUGCCGAGGACGAAAAAUUUGAGUAGAGAAAAAAGCCAACUAGUUUCGGGGGUCGUAUCCCCCUUCAUCAGGGCUGAAGAAUAAAACCAUAAAAAAAAAAAAAUCCUAAUAUAUUAUAAACUGAGUAUGAAAUAUAAUUGAUAAAUAUACACGUGUUGUCAAAAGUAUUGGGACACCUGCCUUUACAUGAACUUUAAUGACCUCCCAGUCUUAG